UACUUAUAGGUAAAGAAAAGGGAAAAAGAAGAAACUUAGGCUCAACCCGGGCUGAACUGAAAGUCCGGAGUAGCGCCGGAAAAUCGUUCUGGGAUUUCAAAUUGACCUAAAAGCUUUUUAGAAGAAGAAUGGAUAGGCUAUCGAAUGCGUUUUCUUUGCUGGAUAUUGAUGUGGACGAUCAUCAUCCCCCACCGGCUUCAUCAUCUGCUUCCAAACCUUCAGGUAAGAGCAAAAUCAAUGGGAAGGGCUCAACUGAACUGAAACCGGCAUUGCUUUCGGAAAACUACAAGUUACCCCUUGUUUGGAUUGACUUGGAAAUGACUGGUUUGAAUAUUGAGACUGAUAGAAUAUUGGAGAUAGCUUGUAUAAUUACAGAUGGCUAUCUCACCAAAUCAUUGGAGGGUCCUGAUCUGGUUAUCCAUCAAUCUAAAGAGUGUUUAGAUAGAAUGGGGGAAUGGUGUCAAAAUCAUCAUGCAGCUAGUGGAUUGACAAAGAAGGUGCUCCAAAGUACAAUUAGCGAAAGAGAAGCUGAAAAGCAGGUCAUAGAAUUUGUAAAGAGACAUGUUGGUACAUACACACCUCAUUUAGCUGGAAAUUCAGUUUAUAUGGAUUUUAUCUUUCUGAAGAAAUAUAUGCCAGAUUUGGCUAGUCUUUUCUCUCAUGUAGUAGUUGAUGUAAGCAGUGUAAGGGCUCUUUGUAUUCGCUGGUAUCCAAGAGAUCAAAAGAAAGCCCCUGCCAAAGAAAAGAAACACAGAGCCAUGGAUGAUAUCAGAGAGAGCAUAUCCGAACUUAAAUACUUCAAGGAGACCAUAUUUAAAGCAAAAUCCAAGAAGUGAAUGCCAAUUGCUUUUGAAGACAACUUUGAUAACAACAGCUUUUGCUAGUCUGUGUUGACUACAAUUAGAUGAUUCAAGUUUUAGUACAAGAAAUGUUUUUAUGUAAAAAACUAUUUGAUAGUCGGCCUUAGCAUAUGGUAAUCUUUUGAAAUAUAUGUUUAUGCAGUUGUGCAAUGGCUGGUUACAGCAUUAUCCUU